UCUGAGCACUGAAAUGGUGUUAUCACCAGUUACCAGUCUCCAGUGAUAAACAUUGUUAUUUGAAUGCGAAAAAAAGCUUCAUAAAUAUUUUCUAUGGAAUUUAAGGCGUGCUAAAAUAACCAGUCCCUCGUCGAUUCCUGAUCUCGUUGUUAUGGAGUAGAAGAGCUGCUCUGACUCCCGGAAAAUGUGCGACUGACAGACGAGCGAUUCAACUCUCAUUCUCAGUCAAAGUCGUCCUCUGUCAAACGACAACUGUCAGUCCAGAAUAAAUAGACAAUAUGACUGCGACUCUGGACCUCAAGAAAUUUUUGCAUCAGCUGUUGACUAGUGUCGAGGGUCUCCACAGCAUACUGAUAACAGAUCGUGACGGUGUGCCAGUGGUAUCGGUGGCUAGCGAUAAGGCACCGGAGUUGGCCAUGAGGGCGAGUUUCUUGUCAACAUUUGGAAUGGCAACUGAUCAGGGGAGCAAACUGGGACUUGGGAAGAACAAGACUAUUAUUUGUAUGUACAGUAGUUAUCAGGUGGUGCAGAUGAACAAACUACCUCUGGUCGUGAGUUUCAUAGCGUCUCACGGCUGCAACACAGGACACAUCCUCUCCCUGGAGAGCCGCAUCGAUCCGAUCCUCAGUAAUCUGAAAAACGCUGUCGUGGAAGCCUGAUGGUUACCCGUCGUUCACUACGGGUGAUAAAAUCCUUGUGAAAAAACUAAACUAAACAAAUAAAAAAGCGAAUGUGAUUUUCUACCGCAAAUCGAGGCUGAUCACGACCGAACUUUUAUCGAGCGUGAGUUACACCGAGUCAAUCGUUGAAAAUAGGGGAGAGAGCUGUCAAUCAAGCCUACGAAAUCAUCAAUAAUCUGGAUGAAACAGAGAAUUAAAUAUUCUUCAUUGGAAGUGAACAGGACAGGUGAAUCGAUAUCAAACCAUUAUAUAAAUUUUACAAUGGAUGUAUAAAGAGAAUAAUUUUCAAGACUAUUCGUAAGAUUGUUUAUCUGUAUAUUGAAAGAAUAUUAUUAAAAAUGCAAGUAUAUCAUAA